CGGUCAGAGCUGACGACGCCGGCAGCCCAGCAGCAAACUGAGCAGCUAACAGCCAACACAGAAAAGUGUAGCUGACUGAAGCGGGUGUGAAGUGCAGUGCCUUAUAAAUUAAAGUUAUCAAACAUAUGUGCGGCCUACUCGUACUCGUAUAUGUUUUGUGGGGACUCCGAUUACGAUUGCGAUGCAUCUGGUGUUCGGUGAUUUUUGAUCUUUGAUUUUUGCCAGAGCCUUCGACAUGUUUUAAAUGAAUUCAAUUUGAAUUUGAGUUGCUGUUAAUCGCAACGAUUUCGCUUUCAGAACAGUUAUCUUUUUUUUCACUUAUUUUUUAUUGGUUUUGCUAAUUGCUCCUCGGUGAUAUUUUUUUUGGUGAAUUUUGAAAUACUUACUCCUAAUUUUGUUGUUGCCGCACCCGUCUGGGGAAUAAUAAAACCAACAACCAGCAGCAACCAACAACAACAACCAACGAAAACAAAACAAAACAAAAAUAUAAAAAUAGAAUAAAGAGAAAAACACAUUUCUUGUAUGCAAAUUAAAUCAUUUGCUUAUUGUGCAGUCCAAAUAAUAUUUCAUCCAAAAGAAUAUUUUUUCGCCCCUUGCAAGUGUACAAAAGAAAACAAAACAAAACAAAAACAAACAAAAGUAAUAAUAAUCACAACAGUGUGGGGCCGCAAAAAAAAAAGAUACGAAAUUGGACCUGUUCUGUUAUAGACCUGCCACUGGGAGUGGUGGAGGAAUAAGCCGAGCGGCCGAGGGGGCAUCUGGAGAUUGAGUUCAUUGAUUGAGCGUCUGAACGCUGCGUCAUGUUGUUGCUGCCGCUGCCAUCGGAAACAUGUCCAGCAAUAACAGGAACAACAGCAACAACAACAACCACUACAAACAACAGCGGAAACUAAUUUGCAAAAAUCAUAAAAAUAAAAUCAGAAUCACGAGACAAUAAAGACAGCAAACAGAACUCUAUUAAGCGGAGCUGGUAUAUGACCACCAGAUCGAAAGUGGAACAAGAUCAGAACAGCAGCAGCACCAGCCACAAAAGACAAACGAAUACUAGCUGGAAAAUUGCUGCACAUUUUUGGUUCACACUAAAACAAGAAAACUGAGAAACUGAGCAGGGUAAGGGGAAGGGGAAGAAGAACAACAACAACGAUUACUAAAAAUAAAAAAAAAACAACCAGAAGCACAAGUGUCUCCCCAUUUGCUUAUGCGAAAAAACCUUUCUGUGAUAUCUCAAGACCCAAAGAUGGCAUCGUUAACCUUGCACUUGAUGGUGAUAGCUCUGCUGGCGGCGGCAGCCAUGACAACGGUGGCGGCAACAGCAACCGCAGCAACGCGGCAGCGGAUCAGAGGAGUGGCGCCAGCAGUAAGAGGAGGAGGAGGAGUAGAGGGCGAAGGAGAGGCGACAGCAUCCACGACUAGCACUGAAGUGCCAACGCUGCGGGCGCCCCGACAGCGUCGUCCACCCACCACGCAAUCAAUUGAAAUCCCGUUGCUAUCGAGUCGCAGUCGCAGUCGGGGUCUCAGUCGCAGCAGCAGCAGCACCACCCCCAUCCCCACCACGCCGCUGCCACAAGCUGCAGACAAGAAGCAGCAGCAGCAGCAGCAGCAGCGUCGCCGCUUCAGUACCACAACGACAACAACUCCGCCGACAACAGUGGCACCUUCGGCGCGGUCACUGCGGGACCGGGGAAGCGUAAGAGGUGCUCGUCAGCCCCGCGACACGCCCGCACUGAGCAGCGAAUUUGGUGGCAGCAGCAGCAGCAUCAGCCGCAGUUGGGGCCAGCCUCAAGCUCUGCCCAUCCCCCCCGGAAAAGCCAGCUCCCUGCCCACUGAACAUGGCCAUGUCGCCUAUUCAUCUUCAAAUUUUACAUCAACCUCCAGUGUGGAUUCUCGCAGCGGCGGCGCAUUAAAAACGCCGCGCAUGAUCCACAGAUUGGUGGCUGGACACAUACAGAACGCACAGGGCCAUUCCACCUACGAGGUGUCGGCGGUGAGUGCCAAUAGCUCACACUCGGCCUCCACUUCCCAGCCAAGCACGACCACAGCCAGAUCCACAGCCACGUCGAGGCAGCCAACAGCGUUGCGGGGCAAGGGCAAGGCAAGCAGCAGCUAUCGUCUUGCCAAGCCAUCUCCAUCUCCAUCACCAUCACCGCCUUAUCGUGAUGACAACGACGAUGAUGAGGCCCUGCUCAAUGAAGCGGAUGACAGCUUUGACAACUGGGACAACGGGAUACUCCGGCUGAGUGCGGGAUCGGGCAAGGAAGCAGAGGCAGAGGCAGAAGCACCGUCGAAGAAGCCGUUCAAGGAGGACGGAAAAAAGACGCUGGCCGACCAGGUGAGAGAUGGCAAGUACGGGCUGAUCGAGAAGGAGCUCUUCCGGCGCAUACCCAAGCGGCCAGGGGUGCUCAGCUAUGCCCGCAACUCCGAGGUGCCGCUGGACAACGAACGCAACUACGGGGGACUCAACGAGCAGGACAUCUGGCUGGCCGAGGAUCACCUGCUCGUUAUCAAGGGCGGCAGCCUCAAUGAGGAUGAGGGCGGCGGCGGCGGUGGCCAGUGGCCGGCCAUUGACGACUACGAUGCGCCGCCGCGACAAAUUAAGCUGCCGGCAAAUCCAGCGGUGCCGCCUCCCUUUCCCGUGCAGCUCGAGCCGCACGGGCCGCUGCAGCUUAUCCGAGAUAAUCAGCUCGAGAUCCUCCAUUCGGCGCCUGGCAAUGCAACGCUAUCCGCUGACGCGUCCAAACAAGCGCCCCACCAGGGCUACGCUCCCGCCGCGGCCCACGCGUCGCAUCCUGCUGCCCGGGCGGGAGCGGCAACAGCGCCUAAAGCAGCUGCACCCCCCUACGUCUAUCCGGCACCCUAUGCCCCGUGGCUGCUCUACCCCAACGAAACGACCCCGGGCAAUGGCCUGCUGAGAUCGUCGCCGCCGCUGCUGGGGCCCUGGCUGAUCAACGGGCUGCACGCCAACGGCUCCCUGGCUGCGAAUGCAGCGGUACUUCCUGGCAAUGGCAGCGACUUCGACGAGGACGAUCCCUCGCUCUACUAUCCGCCGGCCUACAGCUUUGUGUACAAAAGCAACUACUCAAAUCUGGUGCCGCCGGGUCCGCUAGUUCCUGGCAUUGUCCUGCCCCCUCCGCCGGACCAUUUCAGUCGCCUGGACACCACCACUCGCAGACCACCCACAAGCAGCAGCACCACCACCACCAGCACGAGCACCACCAGCACCACAACAGCCACAGCCCCAACCACCACCAGCAAAACCACGCCACGUCCAGCCACGACUCCACUGCCGCUCAGGACAUCGUACAAGCCCAAGUACAAUGCCAUCAGCUACCUGCCGCCUCCCCCUCGCCAGCACCAGCCACAGCACCAGCACCAGCCCCACCCUGCGCCCAAGUACGUGGAGCGGGUGCCGGUGCCCGUGGCCGUGCCCAUACCCAUCUACCCCAUUAACUACACGCCCCGGCCCCAGGCGCAGCUGGUGUUCGUGUCCAGUUCGACGGAGGGCAAGGCCCAGGAUGCAGAUCCGCCGCUCUCCAAGUCCAAUCCCAUCUACUACGAGUACUUCGAGGCCAAGCGCCAGCCGGGCUCGAUCAAGUCCAAUGUUAUCGAUGACUUCCUGCCCACCAAGCCGCCGAAGCGCCAUCACCUGCAACACCAUUUGCACUACAAGGCAUCGGUCAGUCCGGCCAACGAUGUCACGGAUGUGGUGAAUAUCACGCCCAAGCCGCGGAACGCGCAGCUUCAGCUGAGUGCGGAGUAUGAUGCCGCCUUGGGGCAGCUGCUGAGGAGCAACCUCAUAUCGGCAGCACCAGCAGCAGCAGCAGCAGCAGCCACAGGAGCAGCUGUCGGAUCGGGUCGCUUCCAUCCGCCAGACUUUGACAAGCAGCCCUUCCUGCCCAUGGUCAACUACAGUGCGGACGAACAGGACCAGAAUGCCUUCAAGGCCAUCGUAUAUCAGCCUCCUCCGUCCCGCCAGCGACAGCUGAGGGUUGGCAAGCAGCAGCUUCAGCAGCAGCAGCAGCAACAUCAGCAGCAGCAGCUUCAGUUGGACUCCACGGAGGACUCCUAUCUACCCGAGCGGCAGCUUAGGGUGGGUAAGCAGCAGCAGCAGCAGCAGCAGCAGCAGAUCUACGACUCGCAAAUCUUCAGCACCCCAGGGCCAGGACCACACUACGUGGAGGAUCAGGUCCACCAUCUGCGACCACCUGCCCCAGUGCAGACGGGCACGUUGCAGUUCUGGCAGCGUCCUCCGCCCCAGUUCAAGCGCGUGCGUCAAGGCAGCAAGCAUCCGCACGCCCAUCCGCACCUGCACCCCUAUCCGCCGUACUUCGUGCCCAGCUACCCGAGUGCCCCGGCCGGAGAGCCGCUCUACCGUCUGGUGCCUGUGGCCCAGCACAAGCACUGGCGCACCAAGCCGCAGCAUCCUCCCCAGCAGAGCCAGCAGCAGUCGCAGCCCAUACAGGUGCAUCCCCAGGCGCAGUCCUAUCCGGACAGGGCCGUCAACAUUGGCCACAGCCUGGCCGGUGAUAUUUUGGUCAACUACAACACCAACAAUCAGUUCAACUCCCAGGCGGAGUUGGUGCCACAGGCCCAGCUGGCAGCGCCACCUUUACCGCCGCUGUCCUACCAGGCCCAGAGUGGCCAGGGCCAAGGAGGUCCGCUAUGGUCGGAGCGGGAGAAGCCGGGCCGGCAGCCGCGUGCCCAGUUUACGGAGCAGCAGCAGCAGCAGCAGCAGCAGUAG